AUGAACCAGUUUGGAGGAUUUACUAAUGAAGAUCCGUAUUCCCAUCUCAAAUCUUUUAUUAAAAUAGCUAAUGCAUUUCAACUACCUGGUGUCUCUGAAGAUGCACUAAGACUAAAAAUGUUUCCCUUUUCUCUGAGGGACGGUGCAUGGACUUGGMUAAACGUGCUAGAACAAAAUUUUAUCACCACGUGGGCAGAAUUGACGGACAAAUUCUUGGCAAAGUACCAUACUUUGACAAGGAACGCAGACCUUCAAGAAGACAUUGUGUCUUUUAGACAAAGGGAAAGUGAAGCAGUUCAAGAAGCUUGGGAGCGUUUCAAGGAGUUACUCAAAAGAUGCCAGAGCCACGGAUUGCCCACAUGUGUGCAGAUCGAUCAAUUUUAUAGAGGAUUGGAUCAUCCAAUGAGAAUGAUGUUCAGCACUGCAGCCAAUUGUUCUUUGUUAGAGAAGUCAGUUAAUGAGAUCAUUGAUAUUUUAAACAAGAUGAUAGACAUCAAUGAUCAAAUUGAAUUAGGAAGGUCAUUGCCAAAAAAGCAAGCAUCAGCAGGAAUUUUUGAACUAGACACAGUAACCUCAUUGCAGGCUCAAAUAUCAGCCAUGAGCCAGAUGUUGAAACAAUUGACAAUGAAGAAGGCGAAUAAACCUGCUACUUCAGUGAUAAUUCUUGAACCCUCUUCUAUUUUACAAAUUUCAGAUAUAUCUUGUGUUUAUUGUGUUGACAACCACUUGUAUGAGAAUUGUCAUGCUAAUCCAGCGUUUAUUUUCUAUGUAGGUCAAGGUGUCCAGCGGAACUUCAAUCCAUAUUCAAACACCUACAACCCUGGAUGGAGGGACCAUCCAAACUUCUCUUUGAGUAACUAA